AGGAAUAUAUUUUAUUUAGUUUUCUAUUAUCUAGUUUUUAUAAUUAAAAUUAGGAGGUGAUUGAAACGCACAGAAGAAAACUAAUUUUAGCAAUUUGCCAGAAAACAAUUAAUGAUAAAAGCACAAACUUGUCAAUUUGUUGUGUCAAAUUAAAAUGAUCACAAAUGUCAUUUCACAGACGUAUGUGAUGUUUAUUGUUAAUUCAGCAUUUUCAAAAUAAAUUCAGAACUGAAUACAAUUUGGCCUUAACUAAUUUAAAUUAAGCUAAAAUGCUAGACAUAACAACAUCAUGUCGAACCUGUAUGAAAGAAAAUGUGAAUUUGAUAGAUAUAAAUGAAAACGUGAGAAUUCAAGAAAAUUGUUUUCAAUUAACUGAAUUGCUUGUUCUGUGUACUGCAGUAGAGGUAUCAAAGGAAGAUGGGCUGCCACAGAAACUUUGUGAUGAAUGUGUUAAGGACUUACAAAUUGCGUACUCAUUCCGUACGCAAGCGGAAAAAUCACAAGAGGAGUACAAAAAGCUUCUACAAAUAAAGUCAGAACCACAAGAAAUAGAGUUUAAGGCUGAAAAUGAUCAUGAUUAUUUAGAAGUCUAUGAUGACUUUAAAUUCGACACGGAUUAUUCAAAAAUAGAAGUCAAAGGCAACCACUUAUUAUGCUCGAAAUGCAACAAACAGUUUUCAUCUGAAAAGAAGCUGUUAAAACAUUUACAAACUCAUUACAGCUUGCCAUUAGAGUGUACCGUUUGUAAGAAAAGAUACCACAACACUACAUCAUUUGAAAAACAUAUGGCUAAGCAUGAUAAUGUGGCUUUGGAAUUAUUGUGUAACAAAAACAUUGAUGAGAAUGACUUGUUAAUGAAAGUUGAAGCUAGUGAAAUAGAAGUAAAGUUGGAGAAACUUGAGAAUAUUCAGGAGCAGACAUUUAAGUGUGGUGACUGCAGUAUGACAUUUACAAAACAAAGAGCCUUGUCUAUGCACAUGAAGAAACACCGAAACAAUAAAAUUUUGACAGAGUUUAUUUGUGAUACUUGCGGAAAGGCGUUCAGGAUGAAACAUUUACUGAAACGUCAUUUGAUGAUGCAUGGUGAAGUAAAACCAUAUAAAUGCGGAAAGUGUUCUAAGACAUACCCUAGGCGGGACCAGCUCCUAUCUCAUGCCUAUACUCAUAAGAAAAAUAAGCCAUAUGUGUGCUCAUAUUGCAAUAAAAGUUUUGCCCAGUUAUGCAGUCUCAAGGACCAUGUCCGCAGUCAUACUGGUGAGACUCCAUACUUAUGUUCACAAUGCGGCAAGGGAUUCAAGAACAAUUCAAAUCUCAAACAACAUAUGAUGCGGCAUACUGGGCUAAAGCCGUUCGCUUGUAACAUGUGCCCAAAGUCAUUUUGUACCAAAGGUCAACUGACAUCUCACAUGUCGACGCACACAGGAGAACACCCCUUUAAAUGUGAGGAGUGCGGCGCCGCCUUCACGAAACAGAACUCCUUGAAGAAACACUCCAUGAUACACCUCGGCGUGAGGCCGUUCGCGUGCGACAAUUGUAAUAUGAGGUUCACCUGCAAGGACCAUUUGAAGCGUCACACCAGGAUCCACACUGGAGAGAAGCCGUACAAGUGCAAGUACUGCGAGAGAGCGUUCUCGCAGAGUAACGACCUCGUCAAGCACACGCGCCAGCAUGUCGGACAGAAUAUAUACCAGUGCACAAUCUGCAGUUCAAGAUUUAGGCUUCUAUCUGAACUAAAAAACCACUACCCUGUUCACUUCGUCAACGGAAAAGACGGUACCGAUGGUACCAACCAACAAACUGUCAAGGAAAACCCGAAUUCAAAUAUCCUCAAAGACCUACUAGAAAAAGACAGCGCUAUACCAAAAGAUUAUCCCAUCCUGUCUUUAAAGCCUACAGAGGAAUUCAAUCUCCAACCAUUGAAAGAUGAAACUUCAAAACAUUCUGUAGAUAAAGACUUGCCUUUAUUAACUUUGAAAACAGCUUCCCCUGUAUUUGAGGCUGACAAAUCUCAAACGAGUAUUGAUAAUAGGAUUGUGAUAACUAUAGAUAGUCGUGAUACGAACGGUUUGGUCAAUGGUAUUACGAUAAAUUUGCCGCCUAAGGAGAGCUAGUAAUUGGUGUUAAGUUAUGUUAUUAUGGGAAAGUUGAUCUGGUUUGUUCUGGAAUAUUCUCGAAUAUUUUUGUUUGUCUCAAAUCUCUGGAAUUACUAAUGGUAUAUCGUAUUAUGUAGUUUCGCUUUUAUGUUUUAUAGUUUAAAAUUAUAGUUUUGUUC